CCGUACAAGAGUGGUUCCCGAACAAUAAAUAAAAUUCUCUCCCUCUCGCAAUAAGAUAACAUCUCUUCUUCUCAUUGUAAACCAGUUCCCGGAGGCCAACGGUUGACACCACUGUCUUCUGUUGCAAGAAUCUGAGCUGGCAGGGCCUCUGAUGGGCAUUCCCAUGCUGCCAAUGCUGCCGUUGCUCCACGUUCAGUCCGAGGCCCAACUCCGAUCCGAUCACUUUCCUCUCCUUAUGUGGUUCACUCUCCCGCCCUGACCCAGAUGCAUGCCACACUUUUGAUUCUCUUUCACGUAGCCAGGUUAUACUCUGCAGACGAGCAUUGUGCCCACACUGGCGGACAGGCGCGGAUUUCAAGGACUCGGAGAGACAAGACUUCGCAGGUGCGGGGCAACGCUGGAAUAUCGUUGGUAGCUAGGCAUGGAGUGAUAGACACGGAGAUAGAAGAGGGAACACACACACACGUAGAGAGAGAGAGAGAGAGAGAGAGAGAGAGAGAGAGAGAGAGAGAGAGAGAGAGAGAGAGAGAGAGAGAGAGAGAGAGAGGUGUUAGUAUCUGGUUUUCAGCAAGCAAAGAGUGACUAAGAAAGACAGAGCGCUGGAGGAAGUUCGAGAGACGGAGCCGUACACUAGAGAGGAUACCGCGCCUGGAGCUGCGAAGCCGAGUCCACAGGGCGACAACACAGCACUGCAAGACCUGGGUGUGACAGUGGAGGAUAUUUCUCUGCAACCGGUUGAGGCCGGAGAGUUGGACAUCACUUUUCAGCAUCGUGUCAGCUUAGCCGAUCUGUCAAUUUUCCUGUGUCACCAUUCCCAGUGCUCGAUAGUUUUGUCUUAUCACUUGCAAGCAAACACAGUCUGCCAAACAAAAAAUGGGAGGCAUGAAUCAUUUUCAAUUGCACUUUGCUUUUUGAAAUCUGUUAUUUUUUAGUUUUCCGUAUUUGAGGACUGAAACACAAUUAUUCUUUUGUUUUACGUUUUUCUGUGGACAAAAGCAGGGGAACUCCCUCCCUCUGCUCGGGCCCAGGCUGUCGAGCAAAGCCAGCAGCAUAUCCGUGACCUCUACUAAUUGCAAGGCUGCCGGCUCGGAUUGCCGGGCGAGCCUAACUGUUUGUCAGCUUUCCCGGUCCUUGCCGGUUGCUCGGUCUUGUUUCCCCCACCGCAGCACUAGUCCUGAUCGACGGUCCGCUGCCAGCUCAAAACAUAAAACGCGGAGCAUCACUUCUGCGUCCUCUCUGCUGGAAACAAUCGGAAGCAGAGGUGGCAGCGGUGGUCGCUUCUGCACUUUACUCCGUUGUCCUGAAGCCGGCGGCCGAAUGAACUGCUGCGCGUUGGCUUCUCUUCGCAAUAGCCGUUGUUGGGGGGAGGGAAGAAGACAAAGGGAGGGACCGCCGGCUCCCUUUGGAUCCAUAGCUGCGCAUGAGCUCGCCUGCUCUUUCGUUUUUAAGUCGAGCGUCACUUGGACCUCGAAGAAGAAGCAUAGGGGGUCCGCCUCCAGCUCCACCAUCCCCCUGCCCUUCGUCGGCAAUCUCACCAGCGGGGUCUGCCUCUCCUCCUUCCCCUCCUCCACGUCCAUCGGCUUUGCUCUUGGAAUAAGCGAGAAUAAGCUUAGUAGGCGGGCUAACCGAGGCAAGAGUAGUAGUAGUGGGAUAGGGAGGGGCGACGACUCCAACAGCAGGAUUCUGGCGAAGGCGAUGGCGGGCGCAGAUGCUGUCGCUUCUGCUGCUGGCACGGCUGAGACAAAGGCCAUCUCACCGAAAGGACGGGCGGCACGUGUGAUGCUGGUGUCCGAUCUUGACCACACAAUGGUUGAUCACUCGGACAAAUCCGAGAUCGCUCUUCUUCGGUUCAACGCGUUGUGGGCGGCCGAGUACUCACAAGACAGCGUGCUGGUUUACUCUACAGGCAGGUCCAAGAAGAAGUACGAAGAGCUGAGAGCCGAGACCCCGCUGAUGACCCCUGACAUAACCAUUCUGUCGGUUGGGACCAUCAUCAGUUAUGGCGAGUCGAUGGUACACGACACUGACUGGGAGAGAGUGUUAGAUCAGGGGUGGAACCGGGACAUCGUUGUGGAAGAGGCAAAGCAGUUUCCAGAUCUGCGGCCGCAGGAGGGGUCUGAACAAGGACGGCACAAGAUAAGUUUCCACGUCGACAAACACGUGGCACAAAAAGUGAUCGAGAAGUUAUCCAGACGGUUAGAAGCACGCCAAGUCCGGGCCAAGCUCGUGUACAGCGGGGGUAUAGAUCUUGAUGUGCUGUCUGUUCAUGCUGGGAAGGGGGAAGCCUUGGCUUAUGUGCUCGAGAAGAUGAGGGCGAGAGGAUGCCCGCCCGGCAAAACCCUCGUGUGCGGAGAUUCAGGGAAUGAUGCCGAGUUGUUUGAGGUGAAGGGCGUGAAGGGGGUUGUGGUAGGGAAUGCCAAGGAGGAGUUGGUGGAGUGGUAUAAUAGCCAUGCGUCACCAGAUGUGUUCAAAGCGACGAAGAACUGUGCGGCGGGAAUUAUUGAGGCAAUGCAGCACUUCGGAUUCAAACCCGCGACCUCUCCUCGCGACGUUGGCAGUCUGCCUGCGACUGCGGACGGUGUCGAUCUGGAGUUAUCCGAGUCAGCAUCACCAUUGUCGUCGUCCGGAAUGCGGGCGAUAGUGGACGUGAAUCUAUUUUUAGAAAGGUGGUGGAGGGGAGAAGUGCCGCGUGAAGCAGAUUUGCUCGAACGCUGUUUCACGGGUAAGCUGUCGCCCGAUGCACACAUCGUCCUUCCUGAUGGAAAGGAGAUGGGAGCUGAGAAGGUUCGCGAGCAUUAUUUGUCCACGUACGGCAAGUUUAAGGGGGCGGAUUACAGAAGGUGGUUUGAUCGAGCCAGCGAAGUGGAGGUCGCUCCAGGUGUGUGGAUUAUCAAGCUUAUCCAGUGGGAUGCUCCGGAUCACAAAUGGCGAGGAGUGAGAAUGACAGUCGGAUUGCGAGAGAAAGAGGGGCAAGGGAAUGGGAUGGAAAUGCUAUUUUUGCAUUCUACAGCUUUGUAAACUACAAGGUACACCAACAACAGACCUAACUCAGUUGGUACACCCAAUGAACUGUUGAAAUACAGAUUUAAGUUUGAAACCAGAUGCAGUUAAAAUUAGCACAAUAACAUACUUGUGAAGUUGUGAAUUACCUAGGGCCGGUCGGUUCAAUGACGAUAGUGAUAGCCGUUGCCCUUUGUUUUUGUUUUUUUCUUAAAAAAGAUGUUAGUAGGCGUGCUCGAGUCUUCUUCCACAUCCCGCAUGAGCGAGCUAGCGAUCGAGCAAGCACAUUGCUGACAAAGGCUUGCUGAUGACAGAUGUACCAGAAAAAUGAUUCGGGGGUUUAAAAUUGGGUUCCAGAUCGGGACAUGAGAAGUGCAUCCAUAUAGGAAGGGGGCCGAGGGGAGGGAGAGGGCAGAGAGACAGUUUGAUUAACUCUUCCGUUAUCAGGUCCUCGGUGGCAUUGUACAUUUCUAUUGUUGUCGGAAUUUAAAAUCCGAUCGGUUGGACAUAAGGUUGUUGACAGUAGACUAGUGCUCUCGGUAGUCGGGCGAACUAUUCAUGCAUGCAUGCAUAGUAUUCGUGUGUGUGUGCAUUUGCUAAGAUCGCGAUCAGGACAUGGAAACGCCAAUCACUUGUGUACCAUACCCCUAACCCCCGGCGCCCUUCCUUGUCGUAUCUCUCUCUGCUUGAUCGCGUUGUUCUUGGAGGAUGUACACGUGACGGGCUUUUCGGUGAUGGAAAGCACGUGGUGGUUGUUGGCGUAUGAACUUGUGAAUCACUGUAUGCAGAGAUAUUGUAAGGAGAGAGAAUGUAUUAUCGAUAGGUAGGUAGAUAGGCAAGACAGAUGCUAGGAUAGGUAAAGCAGGUCUUACACGGUAUGUCGACAAAUAUACAUAUUGACAUGCAUGCAUGUAUUGUCGCAAAGAGCCGUCCAUGAACCCGGUGGCUGGUAGGAGAGGACACGGAACGGAAGGUUGUGGCAGGCUAGAGAGCUGCGUGUGUGCCACUCUGUGUGUGUGUGUGUGUGUGUGUGUGUGUGUGUGUGUGUGUGUGUGUGUGUGCAAAAGAGAGAGAGAGAGAGAGAGAGAGAGAGAGAGAGAGAGAGAGAGAGAGAGAGAGAGAUCAAAAUUGAAAAAAGUGGGAACGAUGUGGCACCCUCAUUUUGGAUGAACGGGACCGAAAAGAUAGCUUGUACACAUUCAUUAUCAG